AUGCCCCGCGGCUUCCUGGUGAAGCGCAGCAAGAAGUCCACGCCCGUGUCCUACCGGGUCCGCGGCGGCGAGGACGGCGACCGCGCGCUGCUGCUCUCGCCGGGCUGCGGGGGCGCCCGCGCCUCGCCCCCGGCGCCGAGCCCCGGGCCGGGUCCUCUGCCGCCGCCGCCCGCCGAGCGCGCCCAUGCGGCGCUCGCCGCCGCGCUCGCCUGCGCGCCGGGCCCGCCGCCACCCCCGCCGGGGCCGCGGGCCGCGCACUUCGGCAACCCCGAGGCCGCGCAUCCCGCGCCGCUCUACAGCCCCACGCGGCCCGUGAGCCGCGAGCACGAGAAGCACAAAUACUUCGAGCGCAGCUUCAACCUCGGCUCGCCCGUCUCGGCUGAGUCCUUCCCCACGCCCGCCGCGCUGCUCGUUGGAGGCGGCGGCGGCGGCGGGGCCAAUGGCGCGGGCGGCGGCGGCACCUGCGGCGGCGACCCGCUGCUCUUCGCGCCCGCCGAGCUCAAGAUGGGCACGGCGUUCUCGGCGGGCGCCGAGGCGGCCCGCGGCCCGGGGCCCGGCCCCCCGCUACCCCCCGCCGCCUCCCUGCGGCCCCCAGGCAAGCGACCCGCGCCCCCCGCCGCCGCCGCCGCCGCCGAGCCGCCCGCCAAGGUAGCCAAGGCCCCAGGCGCCAAGAAGCCCAAAGCCAUCCGCAAGCUGCACUUCGAGGACGAGGUGACCACGUCGCCCGUGCUGGGGCUCAAGAUCAAGGAAGGCCCGGUGGAGGCGCCGCGGGGCCGCGCGGGGAGCGCGGCACGGCCGCUGGGCGAGUUCAUCUGCCAGCUCUGCAAGGAGGAGUACGCCGACCCGUUUGCGCUGGCGCAGCACAAGUGCUCGCGCAUCGUGCGCGUGGAGUACCGCUGCCCCGAGUGCGCCAAGGUCUUCAGCUGCCCGGCCAACCUGGCCUCGCACCGCCGCUGGCACAAACCGCGGCCUGCGCCCGCCGCCGCCCGCGCGUCCGAGCCCGAAACCGCUGCCAGGGCUGAGGUACGGGAGGCGACGGGCGGCGGCAGCGACCGCGACACGCCGAGCCCCGGCGGCGUGUCCGAGUCGGGCUCGGAGGACGGGCUCUACGAGUGCCACCACUGCGCCAAGAAGUUCCGCCGCCAGGCCUAUCUGCGCAAGCACCUGCUGGCGCACCACCAGGCGCUGCAGGCCAAGGGCGCGCCGCCGGCGCCCCCCGCCGAGGACCUACUGGCCUUGUACCCCGGGCCCGACGAGAAGGCGCCCCAGGAGGCGGCCGGCGACGGCGAGGCGGCCGGCGUGCUGGGCCUGAGUGCGUCCGCCGAGUGCCACCUGUGCCCAGUGUGCGGGGAGACGUUCCCCAGCAAGGGCGCCCAGGAGCGCCACCUGCGCCUGCUGCACGCCGCCCAGGUGUUCCCCUGCAAGUACUGCCCGGCCACCUUCUACAGCUCGCCCGGCCUCACGCGGCACAUCAACAAGUGCCACCCAUCCGAGAACAGACAAGUGAUCCUCCUGCAGGUGCCCGUGCGUCCGGCCUGCUAG